CUGGCAUAGCCUAAUUUCCGCAUUCCCAAAUCCUCCCAGAUUGGGAUCACGUUUAAAAAUCGGGCUGAUGCAACGAUUCCCACUUUUUAAAAUCUACUCUCGACCCUUGGCAGACCAGAAGAAAAGACAUUUGUUACACCUGGGAUCAAAGUCAGCUGUGGUCACGACCGAGUCUGACACGAUGCCAGGACAAAUCCCAGAUCCCUCUGUGACAGCAGGCUCCCUGCCCAGUCUGGGCCCACUAGCUGGGAUCUCAGCCACCACGCUGACUGACAAACUCAAAUUUGUAGACCUCCAGGAGUUUGGAACUAUGCUGUCACCUCUGCACUUCUUGGACAGUCUGGGGAAGAGGCCCCUGGUCAUCAAGACUGAGAGAGAUGAAGAGGACGAUAGAAGGAAACGAAGGAGAGAGAAAAACAAAGUGGCUGCAGCGCGAUGUCGAAACAAAAAGAAAGAGAGGACAGAUUAUCUACAAAAGGAAUCGGAGCGACUAGAAAUGUUAAACUCUGAUCUUAAAGCCCAAAUUGAGGAGCUGAAGCUUGAGCGACAGCAGCUGAUCCUCAUGCUUAACCGCCAUCGUCCCACGUGUAUUGUCAGGACAGACAGUGUCAAAACCCCGGAGAGCGAGGUGAACCCCUUGCUGCUGCAGCUGGAGGCCAAGUGAAGGCUCGAUUAGUUUCUACAGUUUACAGUGGACAACAAGCAGCCAACAAGCAGCACUUAGCUUUGGGCACUCGGUGAUGGGGGAGAACCAGCCAAGCCCUCCUACUCCCAGACACAGAGCAUUACACAACAAAAUGUGGAUCCAGUAAGAUUGGACAGUGUUUUGGCUGUUAAAUCAAACUUAUUUCUUUGUCUCUCUCUAGCUUUCAUAUUUAGUUGUCAUUUUGGUCAGCAGAGCUUCUUUCAGUAUGAAGGUAAAAGUGUUAACAUAACACAGCUUUUGGGUAAACGCUCUUACAUUUCUGGAUUUGUUGCACAGGUCUGUAUAACUAGCUGUUGGCUAAAUGUAGACAAUAUUUAAACACCUUUCCAGUAGUCAGUUGCAAAAAAAUUAAAAAACACAAGUGGAAAAUAACUUAGAAAAUUGAGCUCAGUAAAUUUAGUCGUUCCUUUGGUGUAAAUUUUUUUCUUUUUGUGGUUUACCAGCUAAAUUCGAUUUAACAGUUUUAUAGAUGUCUGUAUGUAGCCAGGUUACAUAUAAGUCAAUUACUUUCCUACUACCGGAAUGAUCCUUUUAAUUUGCCCCAGCAACUGAUGGAAAAACAGUAAUUACACAGUUAUUCAAAAGCAAUUAGUCAGACCUGUAUACAAAGUCACAAUCUUUCCUUUAUGAUUGUCUGAUCAUUUCUGUUUUAUGAUACAUUUGAUGGGAGAGCAGUUUUACUUGUUUUCCUAUUUCCUUUUUUUUUGGCGCAGGCGUCAUGUAUGUACAAACACACAUACACACACAUA